GGCUAAACCCAACUUGUAUUUAAAUUGGAAUCGUUGAAUCACCACGCCACUAGUGUGCACAGCGAAGCGAAGAUGGGCAGAACUCCGUCGUUCAUCGUCGCACUGGUUUGUGUGUUGUUCUUGUCGUUGUCGAAUGCACCGGAAUUAGCUCGGGCCUCGAAUUCGGCUUCGGCUUUCGUACAGAACGUCAUAUUCUCAAACAGGAUCGUCAUCUUCUCCAAAUCCUACUGUCCGUAUUGCCGGAGUGCUAAGCGCCUAUUUUCUGAAUUACAUGAGCAACCAUAUGUUGUGGAGCUUGAUCUUAGAGAUGAUGGGUCUCAAAUUCAGUAUGUUCUUCUGGAUCUGGUGGGCAGACGCACUGUCCCCCAGGUUUUUGUGAAUGGCAAACAUAUUGGUGGCUCUGAUGAUCUGAGGGCUGCAGCUGCGAGUGGUAAGUUGGAAAACCUUUUGGCUGCAAGUUGAUUGGAUGCUGGAAAGUUGAGAGUUGGUGUUGUCUGACCUGCAGCUGCUUAUGUAAAACCUUUUACUGGAACUGUAUAAUUCAAGUGACCUUAUACCUUUGUGGCUUUUUGAUAAUAGCAAACCAUGCUGAUGUACCAAUGGCAUGUGAUUGUUACUUGUUGGUGUGCGUUAGUUCCAGUGAUAGGUUAGUGGCAAAGCAAUUAAGGAGAGGGAAUCCCUUCUGCUCAAAUAUUUAUAAGCAUGCUAUCUUGCAACUUUUUUCCAUACAACUUCAUAUCAAAUGAAAUCUUAUGAGUUUCAGGUAA